AUGAAGCCAUUUGGAUCAACUAUGAGGCCUAGAACUUAUUUUCUACCGAGACAUGUCCGGUCCAAAACCAUCUCAUAUUGCGAGCUAGCUACAAACCAAUCUCACAAGGUGUUAAGCGAGAACACUUCCUCCUCGUGUUCGACCCCGACUACAACACGGCUGUGCACUUGCAGCUCAUUAGUUGGGUUUAUAAAUUGUGAAAAUUUGAGGCAAUCUAAACCCGCCAUCAUAUACUAUUACGCAAAGACGCUACCACCAAAACUACGUGGUAUCGGCUUCUAUCAUGCACGGAUCUCCCCUCACCGUGAUAUCCGCGCCAGGGAAACACACAGUAACCCUGACCGCACUCUCACACCGAUUCUUGACCCUUCCAUGAUCAAGAACUCGGCUCCCGACUCUCUUGCCAUCGCUGACAAGAGACACCUGGGCUACACCGUCGUGUAG